AUGGAGCAAUUAUCAGAUGAAGAACUUGACCAUGGUGCGGAAGAAGAUAGUGAUAAGGAAGACCAGGAUCUGGACAAGAUGUUUGGGGCCUGGUUGGGAGAACUGGACAAACUCACACAGAGUUUGGAUACAGAGAAGCCUGUGGCACCAGUGAAGAGAUCACCUCUCCGUCAGGAAACCAAUCUUGCCAACUUCUCAUAUCGCUUCUCCAUGUACAAUUUGAAUGAAGCCCUGAAUCAGGGGGAGACUGUGGAUCUAGAUGCCCUCAUGGCUGAUCUCUGUUCCAUAGAGCAGGAGCUCAGCAGCAUUGGGUCUCACUCAGCAAACAAUGCUGCAGUGAAACACCUUGCCACAGAACCCAAAGCUCAGAAACCAGCUGCUAGCCGACCUUCUGCUAAGCACAGCAGCACGAAAGGAUUAUCCUCCUCAUCUGGUAAGGUGACUAAACCAUCACAUGCCAACGUAUCUUUGGAUGACAUCACUGCACAGUUAGAGAAGGCCUCUUUGAGUAUGGAUGAGGCAGCGCAACAGUCUGUUGCAGAAGACACCAAAUCAGUAGUUACUACUGCUCAACACAGGAGGACAGCAUCUGCUGGCACAGUGAGUGAUGCUGAAGUGCGCUCAAUCAGUAACUCCUCCCGUUCCAGCAUAACCUCUGCAGCUUCCAGCAUGGACUCCUUGGAUAUCGAUAAGGUGACGAGACCUCAGGAACUGGACUUGACAUCACAAGGGCAACCAAUCACUGAGCAAUCUAUAUUGCUGAAAUGUACCAACAAAGGAUCCAAGCAGCCCAUUAACUUUCCAGAAGAGGAAGCUGAAUUGACUCCUCACUCCUAUUUGGACAGGGAAACCUCCCUUCUUCUGAGAAACAUUGCAGGAAAGCCUUCUCAUUUGCUGACCAAGGAGGAACAGGCUGCUAAACUCAAAGCUGAGAAGAUUAGGGUUGCGUUAGAGAAGAUUAAAGAGGCACAAGUGAAAAAGUUGGUAAUCAGAGUCCAUAUGUCUGAUGACAGCUCAAAAACAAUGAUGGUGGAUGAGAGGCAGACAGUGAGACAAGUAUUAGACAAUCUGAUGGACAAAUCACAUUGCGGUUACAGUUUAGACUGGUCAUUGGUAGAAACCAUCUCUGAAUUGCAAAUGGAAAGGAUCUUUGAAGAUCAUGAAAAUUUAGUUGAAAAUCUUCUGAACUGGACAAGAGAUAGUCAAAACAAACUAAUGUUCGUGGAACGUAUAGAGAAAUAUGCACUUUUCAAGAAUCCCCAGAACUAUCUUCUGGGUAAGAAAGAAACUUCUGAGAUGGCAGACAGAAAUAAAGAGGUGCUGCUAGAGGAAUGUUUCUGUGGAAGUUCUGUAACCGUGCCAGAGAUUGAGGGAGUUUUGUGGCUGAAAGAGGAUGGUAAAAAGUCCUGGAAGAAACGUUACUUUCUUCUUCGAGCUUCUGGAAUCUACUAUGUCCCUAAAGGGAAGGCAAAGGUCUCACGGGAUCUCGUGUGCUUUCUACAGCUAGAUCACGUCAAUGUUUACUAUGGACAGGACUAUCGGAACAAAUACAAAGCACCCACAGACUAUUGUUUAGUGCUAAAGCAUCCUCAGAUCCAGAAGAAGUCCCAGUAUAUCAAGUAUCUUUGCUGUGAUGAUGUAAGAACUCUACACCAAUGGAUCAAUGGCAUCCGCAUUGCUAAGUAUGGGAAGCAACUAUACAUGAACUAUCAGGAAGCACUGAAGAGAACAGAAUCAGCGUAUGACUGGACUUCCUUGUCUAGCUCCAGUAUCAAGUCAGGCUCCAGCUCAUCUAGUUUGCCAG